AUGACUGAAGCAAGGAUUCCGGAAGAAGCAAAAAUUUUAUUUGGCGAAGUGAAUGUAGAAGAGUAUUGUAAAAAACAAAAAAUUUCGAUGGAAGCCUUCGAAAAAUUGCGCCGUCAGGUUAUCGAGUUAAAUAAGAUCAAACCGAAACGAGGCCUUGAAUUGUUGGACAAGUUAAAUACACGUCAGACAAAUUAUUUAUCCAUCGGAUGUUCCGGCAUCAAUGAUUUAUUGGCGGGGGGUUUGCAUCUCGGAGAUAUCACAGAGAUCAGUGGAGAGUCGACUACAGGGAAAACACGGUUGUGCUAUGCAGCAACGCUUUCUACAGCAUGUUCAAAUGCCGAUAACACAGUCUUAUAUAUUGAUACCUUGAACUCAUUUUCACCCGAGUUGAUGCACAACCUAUUCCAUGAAAGCGAUAGGUUUGUAGACGCGAGAGACCAAGGGAUGAGCGCUGAAAACGUAUUUCGGAGAAUUAGAAUCUCGAAAAAUUGCAUGGAUGUCUUUGCGGUGUUUUCCCUUGUUGAAGAUUUACGUCAGAAGCUUCAAGUAAAG